AUGGCACAAUUUUCACGCCACUAUACCGAAGUAAACGUACCGAAGACCCGCAGGACUUACUGCAAGAAAUUAAAAAAACAUAAAACUCACGAAGUUACCCAGUACAAGGAUUCUCUGUGUGCACAGGGCAAAAGGAGAUACAACCGAAAACAAUCUGGUUGUGGUGGCCAGACAAAGCCUAUUUUCAGGAAGAAGGGUAAAACUACAAAGAAGAUUGUGUUGAGGCUGGAGUGUGUGGAGCCCAACUGUCGGCAAAAGAGAAUGGUGCCCAUCAAGUGAUGCAAACACUUUGAACUGGGAGGAGACAAGAAGAGGAAGGGCCAGGUCAUCCAGUUUUAA